AUGCCUCAGGUCAAGUGCAUCCUCUUCGACUGCGACAACACGCUCGUGUUGUCCGAGAUCUCGGCCUUCACCGCCUGCGCCCAGCUCGCCAACGAGAUCCUCGAGAAGUACGGCAUCGAGAAGCGCUACCAGGGCGUCGAGCUUAUGCACAAGUACGUCGGCCGCAACUUCCCCAGCAUGAUGGCCGGCCUCUUCGAGGUGCACAACUUCACCAUGCCCGCCGACGAGCUCGACACCUACACCGCCCGCGAGCUCGAGCUCACCAUCUCGUACCUGCGCAAGCAGGCCGCGCCCUGCAAGAACGUCGUCCCCGUCCUCGACAAGAUCCACAAGGAGGGCAAGUACGCCAAGGCCAUCGUCUCUUCGUCCGCCAUGCCCCGCGUCGUCGCCUCCGUCGAGACCAUCAAGAUCGACCAGUACUUCGGCAAGCCCAACGAGGGCAUCUUCUCCGCCGCCAGCAGCAUCGACCCCCCGACCUCCAAGCCCAACCCCGCCAUCUACCUCCACGCCUGCAAGGUGCUCGGCUUCGAGCCCAGCGAGUGCAUCGCCAUCGAGGACAGCAGGAGCGGCGCGACCGCGGCGAAGAACGCCGGCAUCCCCCUGCUGGGCUACGUCGGCCCCUACUACGACGAGGAGAACGCCGAGGAGAAGGUCGCUGCCCACGUCAAGCUGUUCUCCGAGGAGCUCGGCGCGUUCGAGGUUAUGCACGACUGGAAGGACUUUGAGAGCAUCUUGAACAAGUUCGAGAGCUCAUAG